AAUUCGAGGGUUAAUUAAGACCUCUGGUCGCGCGUGGUUAGUGUCCGAGAUCGGACGGCGUUCCCCAACUCGGCUGCUUGUUCAUCUGUUUAUAUGUUUAUCUAUUCUGGCCAAUCGCCUCGAGUCGGACCCUCGUUUCGUCCGGAUUCAACUCGGACCGACGACGGCCUGGCGGCGACCACGAGCAACGCAAUAAACUCUACUUUCAAACGGUGGCAAACCGAGCUUGGUGUAAUUACUGGUAUAUAGAUGUAUAUAGGUGCGCGUACAUACCGCGUUGCGCCGUCGAGAGAGACGGAGAGAGCGAGAGAGAGAGAAAGAGCGAGCGGCCCGUCGAGGAGUAAUUGGGGGAUAAGCGCGAUUGGCCCAAGUGCAAGGGGUGCUGGGCAAUUGGUCGUUCGGCGGGUAUGCCAUGUAUAUAGGGAGAGGGGGAGAGAAACGAUCGGCCGGGUCAAAUGCACCACGAAUUAAUCAAACCUUGGUGAAAUUGGAUGAGAGAAAAAAAAAACAAAAAAAAAAAUAAAAUAAACUAGCUUCACAUACGUUUGUAGUUAUAGUUCUUAGUUUUCAAUUAUUGUUAAAACUGACAUGACAUUCGUUUCCAUGCGAACGGAAUAAACAAAUUUACAGGAAAAGAAGGGGUGACAAAUGAUUAACUAUUCCGACUUUCUGGCCGUCGCAGUGGCUUCCGAACUGUACCGUGCACAUACGUUAUCUCAACUCCGAGAUCGGAAAGGCGAGGAACGCGAGACUAUUCCUGCUGACAUUACGAAGCUGCAACCUGAUUCUAUCGUCAGUGAUUCAACGCGACGCUCUACGAUGGCUUCGGUGAUGAUGGGUCUGCGACGAAGAGUGCCCGUGAACAACGGUUGCUCGACAACGAACGGCGGCAUAUCCUCGGCCUCAACAUCCUCCAACAAGCGCUCGAGGACGGAGAACAACAACAGUCCGUCCCAUGGGAAUCUGAACUCGUUAACGGGCGGGCAGGGCGAACCUCCGGCGAAGAAGUCGCGCUCGACGGGUUCCGGAUCGACGAGGAACUCUGCUCCCGGGGCCUCCGAGGCCUUGGGGACCAAGAGCCGUGGCGGCUCGGGGCGUGGAGGGUCCGUCUCGAAGAGCGAGGGCCCCUCGAAGGCCGCGGGCCAAUCGGGCCCCGCGAAUUGGCCCGUGCCCAGAUCGAGCUUCUCGUCUGUAGCGGCGCUGCCUCUGGCUACGGGACAGCCGACGAUGAGCGGCGGCGGUAAUUCCUCCUCGUCUUCUCUCGGCGCCGGAAGCGCCAUUCCGUACAUGACACCGUCGGUGACGCCGUCCGUUGCUACGUUCGUUGGCAACGCGACGAAUUUGAACAAAAACACCGCAGUGUCGUAUCUCGAUAUCUCGAACAUGACCAGCGCCGGCGGUGGCAGCAUCGGAUCAACGGCCAACGCGGCAUUCGCCAGUCCAAACAACGCUCACUCGCCGGCCAAGAACGCAAGCGGCAUAUUCAGGGUCGGUAUAGGCAAGGAAGGGCCCGCUAAGAAGUUCCAGAACGAUACCAUGUUCAACGCCUAUCAGCCUUGGGUCAUCAAGACCUACGGCGAUCUCGCAAAGACCAAAACUAUCACGAUUAAAAAGUACGCCAGGAUUCUUCGCACUCUCAGAGGCGAGGAGGCCAACAGCGCGGAAAAUAGCAAGUUCAGGUUCUGGGUCAAGAGCAAGGGCUUUCACAUCGGACAGCCCGAUGGAUACGAUGCCAAACCUGCCGACAGGAUCGUUGGCAGACACGCCGUCACCAGUCCGGGACUUGAUCCACCUCUCUACGUUCCCACCCAGCCACCUCAUAACAAGGCCUUGAAUGGGGCUGAAGGUACGGUACCGCCUGGACGAGUUUACAAGAAGGUAGCGAUCGUCGAGAAUUUCUUCGACAUCAUUCACGCAGUGCACGUCGACCUGGAGGGUCGCCCUGGAAAACAUGCUGGCCAAAAGCGCACGUACCGGACGAUCACCGAAACUUACGCGUUUCUGCCCCGCGAAGCUGUGACCAGAUUUCUCCUCGGAUGUACGGAGUGCCAACGACGCCCCAGGACGCCGAGCCCGACAAAUCUCUCCGCCCAGUCGCAGACGACGCCCUUGGCGACGUCCGCGACGCCACCGAGUCCGACGCCCGCCACCGCCCUAUCAGCGUCUCCGGUCCAGACGAGCCAAAGACCCAGGGAAGCGAGCCACGCCCCGGAAGGGAAAAGUCUAUUCAAUUACAGGCACCCGAAGCACCCGAAGGACAAGCCGGAGCAGGAUACGAGCGCUGCUGGGAGGACCGGCGUCAAGGACAAGGAGGAGAAGUACAAUCCGCUGAGUAUCUCGAACCUCCUCAAGAAGGAUCCUCCGGUCGUCGGGUUCCCCACCGCUACCACGAUCACGACCACGACCACGUCGACGGAGAGCCUCGCCGAGUCCCGGCGAACCCCGGAGUCCGACAGAGCGAGUUCCCGGAGCUCGGCGUCCUCGAAGAGGCGGCGGAUGCUUCCGGAGGGUCGGACGCCGUCCCCGCCGCCCUCGGCGCCCUUGGCGCGACCUUGGAGUCCUAGUAUCGACCCGAAGGACACCCCCAUCGACUACAGCCUGCCCAUCACCACCACCUACUUGAAGCACCAGCAGAGGCUACUCGCCGAGAAGACCAAGCUCGCCUCGAAGACGGUCGAAGGACCGGCCGAGGACGACGCUCAGGUAGCGAAUAACGUCGACACCGAAGCGCUGGAGAGGGAGAGGUUCUCCCCGGCUGCCGGGCUCAUCGACACCAACCUCAACCUCCUCGCCACCAUUCAACAUCUUCACUGCCAGGUGAUGCUUGCUCUUACCGAGAGGCUCAGACCCGCCGUUGUCCCUUCCUCCCUCGCCCUGCCGCAGGCAUCCUCGAUACUCGCAUCCUCGAUGCUGCAUCCCGGGAUCUCGAUUCCUUCUAUCAUAAACCAAAAUCAUUCCUGAGUUUGCCUUCAAGUCACACCCUACGGUUAAUUCGACGGAGAGGUUCUGAAUCAGUGUAUUCCGGUACCUGCUUCGGAUCGUUUCCUUUUUUUCUUUGUAAAUUUCAGGACAGAAGGUUUCUCCCUUUAGCGAGUUUCUCGAUCGUAUCCUUCAUCAUAGGUUGAAUUUCGCAUCUGGUAUAGUGUAACAAUUAUAUGCACAACGUGUCAAGUUUUAAUUUACUUAUAAAAAUCUCACACCGCAAGGAAGUGUUAAUAAUUGUAACUCUUUUCUAGUACCUACCGAGAAGUAUAGGUUUUAAUUCCCGUGGCAUUUGUUAUAUCCGUGUUCACGAUCAUUAGGAAAAACUAUGAGGGCUUGAGUCUGGAGUUUUUAACUUUCGUAGAAGAGGAGCUAUUGUUUCUCUACCAUACGUUUAAUUUACGUUGUCAAUUCUAUCUGUCUCUCUAGGAGGUAACUCAAAUCCCAUUUGACACAGUUUUUUGGUACUAUCAUCAAUUCGCAUCUUGGUCGCGACGCAAUUCGAGACACGUGAAAUGAUAUGGUAGUAAUAUGAUAAUUUCUCGUUCUCACACGUUGAUGGGCAUUAAAAUGCAGUGGAACCGGUUAAUAGGUGUUCGUCGUUCAAUGAUAUCUUCGACACAAGUGUAGUAUUCCUGUUUUUAGUUUAUAAUGAAAAUAUUCUCCACGUACAGAAAGUUACGACGAAUGAUCUGCGUUACUUUGCAUCUAGGGUAGGACAUAAGUUAUGAAACGUCUCAAGCAAGGUUUUGAAUAUCACUGAAAAAAUCUUAGACACUCGAAUGGGUUUCGAAAGCUUCUUGUCCGCACAGUUCACUAACUGCAAAAGUUGAGAGAUCCGGAAAAAGCCCACGCGCGAAAUAUUGAAUGGAGGGGAUACGGUUUUAUUCGUGAAAUAGAAGAAAACAAGAUAGUGAAACCAAAAAAAAAAAAAAAAAGCAAACAAAACAAAAAAGAAAAAACUUAUUGAAUGUAUAAAAUACUAGUUUUCUGAAUCUUUAAUAAUAAUUAUAUUCUCGUUACGUUUAGUGAGAAAGCAUGCUGGUUUUCAACUCCAUCUCUAUACAUAUAAUAUACUUAUGUCGUCGUAUCUACCUAUAUAUUUCGAUGUGUUAUAGGACAGACCUUAUUUUAGGGCUGAAUUAAUUCUUUCAAAUACUACGUAUAAUACGCCUCAAAAAUAACGAAAAAAAUUACAAAAAAACAAAAAACAAUCUUCAUUCUUGUCGUGUCUCUUUGCUAGAGGAAGUAGCUUAUCUGUAUAUUAUAUGACAUAUAAUACCAGCCUUAAUUAACAAUAAUAAUUAACAAUAGUAUAGCCAUAGAGAUUGUAACUAAAAUUGCGAUAAAAGUUUAUUCGCGAUGUUGUCUAUAUAAUAUAUAUGUUAGAGAGUUUAGAUUUGGCAAACGUUAAACGUGAAAAAAUGUCUUUAAAUUAUAUAUAAAUAUAAUAUUAUAGUAAAAACCCUAUGCAAAGCACACACAUUUCAAUUUUGUAAAUAUAACACUGUUGUAACAUAGUGUGGAUUUCUAAGGUUAUAUAAUAUGUUAUUAUAUUACUAUUAUCACGAUUAUUAUUGCUAUUAUUAUUAUUAUUUUUAUUAUUAUUACUAUU